AUGUCUGGCACAGAGAUCAAGUACGAGCGAGACCAAGGGGAAGAUAUCAGCAGAGCAACGGACGACUCCAAGUUUGGUGGGCCCCAACACGAUGAGGACCCUCUGGAUAUACUCGAAGUGUCGGGCCUCGAGGCUCGACAGACUGCCCUCGAACUGGCGAUGCAAGCGGAUCCCGGCCCUGACUGGAAAGAUUGGCGAUUUAUCAAGUACUGCUUGAUCUGCGCAUUGAUUUUCAUGGCUCCUGGCGAUUGGGGUUUCGAUGGCACCGUCGUCGGGUCAAUCAAUAGUAUGGAGCAGUAUCAAUCGUACUUUGAUCUUGCUGGAGAAGCAUCGACCAAGACGGGGGUGGUGCUGGGUAUUGGCGCUGCAGGAACGAUCAUAUCAUUCGUACCGUCCUAUGUUGUUCCUGAUAGAUAUGGAAGACGAUGGGCCAUGUCUUUAGGAAACAUUCCAAGCAUUAUCUCCGCCUUCAUGUCUGGCUUUGCUCCAAAUUAUCACACCUUGCUCGCAGCUAGGAUCAUCGGAGGUUUAGGAUUUCAAGGCGCCGCACCUGCCGCAUACCUCGCCGAGAUUACUCCUCCAAAAUAUCGAGGGCGAGUCAUCGGCGCUUUCGAUAGCAUGUACUACAUUGGGCAGAUCAUCGCUACUGGAAUCUGUAUCCCUUUCGGACGCGGAACGUCCAAUUGGGCCUGGAGGGUUCCUUUCUGUCUCCAGGCGGCGCCCUUGCUUGUCCUUAUGGCCGGAAUUUUAUUCUGUCCAGAAUCUCCCAGAUGGCUUUACGCCCACGGUCAAGAAGAAAAAGCUCUUCGAAUCCUUGCCGAUCUUCACUCUCGAGAUGGUGAUAUCAACUCACCUCUUGUCCAGCUCGAGAUGCAAGAGAUUAGAGCGCAGAUCAGCCAAGAUGGAGCAGAUACCAGAUGGUGGGACUUCAGGUCUCUAUUCAAUACUCGAGCGAACACCUAUCGAUUUUUACUGGGAGUCGUCAACCUUGUCUGGAGUCAAUUCGCGGGUAAUGGCCUCGUUACAAAUUGGUUGCCUGAAUUGAUCCGUCAAGCUGGGAUCACCGAUACCAAUCGACAACGCCAAUUGACCUUCGCUAACGCAGUCACGUCCUUUGCAGGCGCCAUGACGGGGGUAGCCAUUGUUGACCAUGUUGGUCGACGCGGCCUCAUGCUUUGGGCAGCAGCAAGUUGCGGAAUCGGCAUGGCGAUCUGUGCGGGGUUGUUAAGUGAUACCGGUCCAAAGACUCUGAUGAGGACAAAUGCCAGUAUUGCCUUCAUCAUGCUGUUUAUGGUUUGCUUUUCGAUCGGAUGGACGCCCCUCCAGCAGUUGUACCCUACCGAAGUGUUGUCUUACGAGAAUAGACAGAAAGGGAAUGCCUUGAGGUCCAUGAUCAGUAUCCUUAUCAAUUCUCCUGCCCUCCUCACGCAUAUUCAAUGGAAGACAUACAUCAUCUUUGUCGUCCUCAACGCCAUUGGCUUUGUCCUCAUUUAUGUCUUUGCAGUAGAAACUAAGCAGUUGUCCCUUGAAGACCUUGACGAGGUGUUCGAGAGUCGAAAUCCAAAGAAGACUAGCUUGGUCCUGGUCAAACAGGCCAAACGGAAUGCUAGGCAGAGCAAUGUGGCAGCAGCCGCAGCGGCGUGA